GCUGCUUCAACACAACAAAAUGAAAGAGAAUUGCCAUUUAAAAACAUUAAACUUAUUUCAAUAAACAAUGUGAAAUGGAGGAUACUCAAGCGUCCAAAGAAUGAAAAUAAAAAGGUUCAUCUUCCUCAAAGGAGUGAAUAUUUAAGCUAAAUUGUUUCGCGACUAACACAUGGAUUGCGCGACGCUGAACUCUGGGAGACUAUAACAAUGUAUACGGGAUCAAGUUGACAUUGAUAUAAGUAAAGGAAAGAAAAAGAGACUAGACAACAUGGGGGUGUUCUCUGCUGUCGUAUGGCUGUGUCUUGUUUUUUGCGGAAUGAGAGAGGUUUCGUCACAGUCAAACUCCACAGUGUGCCAAGGUGCCAAAACAGAUAUAUUAUUUGUCAUUGACUCGUCUGGAAGUGUCACCAAAACAAACUUCGAUCUGACCCUCCAGUUUGUUACAAGUGUUGUACAGGACUUGGACAUUGGGAUGGAUAGUGUCCGUGUUGCAGCCAUUACAUUCAACAGUGACGUGAAAGUUCAGUUUUAUUUCAAUGAAACCGUAUCCGCGGCCAGCACAGUUAAUGCUGUUAAUAGUAUUGCUUACGUGGGCGGCAGCACUGCUACACUUGAAGCUAUGCAAAAAAUCCCUGAUAUGUUUAAAGUUGAAAAUGGUGGUAGAUCCGGUGAUGUUCAGGGUAUUGCUCUAGUAAUUACAGAUGGUGCAGCUAAAACGGGGGAUCCAGUCCCAAGUGCACAGGUUGUGAAAGACUUAGGCAUUCUCAUAUAUGCAAUUGGUAUCCAAACUGCUGAGUUAGAUGAAGUUGAAUUACAACAAAUUGCAAGUGAACCAGUUUCAAGAUUCUAUUACAUUGUGGACGAUUUUGAAUCACUCUCUACUAUCUCUACAGCUUUACAAGAGGAGACAUGCAUUCAAGUGAUAGAUUGUAUCAAUAGUCAAAUAGAUGUCAUCUUUGUUGUUGAUUCAUCUGGAAGUAUUAAUGAUACGAACUAUGAGGAGGUCAUAAACUUCAUCGAGGCAGUAACAGACACGCUGGACAUUGGAGAGAAUAAAGCCAGAGUUGGGGUAUGUGUCUUCUCUAGUGGUGCUCAAGAAAUAUUUGGAUUAACUGAUUACAAAAACACAAGCCGAUUAAAACAAGCAAUUCAAAACAUACCACAUCUUGCUCAGUCAACAGACACUAUCGCUGGUCUUGAACUGAUGAUAACAAUGUUUAAACGAGAUAAACGUAACGAUGCCGUACCAGUUGCCAUUGUUAUCACAGAUGGUGCAUCAAAGACAGGGGAUCCAGUUCCGACUGCUAAUUCUGCCAAAAAUGAGGGUAUCAUUAUAUUCUGUGUUGGGAUACGGACUAAUGAGCUGGACAUAAAUGAGGUGAAUGGAAUAGCAAGUAACCCAGAUAGCACGUAUGUAGUACUUGUUGACAGCUUUAGAGGAUUAUCUACCAUAGUGUCAACUUUGUCUGGUGAUACAUGUGGUGCAGAAACGACAACAGAAUCUACAACGACAACUAGUACAACGACUACCACACCAGCACCUACAACAACAGUACCUGAAAUAUCAUGUAGAGGGACGUCUGAUGUCGUUUUUGUGAUUGAUUCAUCUGGUAGUGUUGGAGAAGAAAACUAUAAAUUCAUUAGGGAUUUCAUUGUGAAUAUAGCAUUUACACUAGACAUCAGUUCGAAUCAGACCAGAGUGGCUGCAAUUAUAUUCCAUAAUGAGGCUGAAGUAAUAUUCCAUUUGAAUAGAUACACAAAUCGAGAAGAUGUUAUUUCUGCUCUGCGUAACCUACCUUAUAACGCAGGCUCCACAGCCACAAAAGAGGGUCUAGAAAGUCUAAUGAGUGACAUGUUCCAAGAGGCAAAUGGUGAUAGAAGUAACGUUCCAGAUAUUGCUAUAGUGGUUACCGAUGGAGCUGCAAAAACUGGAAAUCCGAUACCAGCAGCAAACGCAGCUAAAGCUGCUGGUGUUGUAAUGUUUGCUAUUGGAAUAAAAACAGCGGAACUUAACAUAGAUGAAGUAAAUGGCAUAGCUAGCGAACCAACAGACAUUUAUGCGUCAGUUGUUGACGAUUUCUCAGGUUUAUCAACGAUAGCAGAAACCAUUGCUGAGAAGUCAUGCAUCCAAACAAUAGAUUGUGCUGAUGGACGUCUUGAUGUCGUGUUUGUCAUUGAUGCUUCUGGAAGUAUUGGUGAGGACAAUUACGUACUGGUUCUCAAUUUUGUGAAGGAUGUUGUGUCAGACAUGAACAUAGGUGAUGAUGGUAUACGAGUUGCUGCUCUGUCAUUUUCUGAUGGUGCCUCCUUGAAAUUUGAUCUAAAUGACUACAACACAAAUGAAGCAGUUAUAGCUGCCAUUAAUGAAAUAGCUUAUGAAGCUGGGUCAACAGACACCAUAGCAGGUAUAUCGACGAUGAGAGAAAUAUAUAGUUCACCAACUCGUGGAAAUCGAGAAGGCGUACAAGAUGUUGCCAUUGUCAUAACUGAUGGUGCUGCUAAAACUGGUGACCCAGUUCCACUUGCAAGUGCCGCAAAAGCCGAUGGAAUAAUAAUUUACUGCAUCGGUGUGCAAACUGCAGAGCUGAAACUAGAAGAAGUAAAUGGUAUUGCCAGUAACCCAGAUAGUAAAUAUGUAGUUAUUGUGAGCGACUUUGAUGGACUCCAGACUGUCGCAGAUGAAUUGAGCAGAUCUACAUGUAGCGAACCAACAACAACAACAUCUACAAGUACAACAACUACCACUACUACGACCACCACCCCAGCACCUACAACAACAGUACCUGAAAUAUCAUGUAUUGGGACGUCUGAUGUCGUUUUUGUGAUUGAUUCAUCUGGUAGUGUUGGAGAAGAAAACUAUAAAUUCAUUAGGGAUUUCAUCGUGAAUAUAGCAUUUACACUAGACAUCAGUUCGAAUCAGACCAGAGUGGCUGCAAUUAUAUUCCAUAAUGAGGCUGAAGUAAUAUUCCAUUUGAAUAGAUACACAAAUCGAGAAGAUGUUAUUUCUGCUCUGCGUAACCUACCUUAUAACGCAGGCUCCACAGCCACAAAAGAGGGUCUAGAAAGUCUAAUGAGUGACAUGUUCCAAGAGGCAAAUGGUGAUAGAAGUAACGUUUCAGAUAUUGCUAUAGUGGUUACCGAUGGAGCUGCAAAAACUGGAAAUCCGAUACCAGCAGCAAACGCAGCUAAAGCUGCUGGUGUUGUAAUGUUUGCUAUUGGAAUAAAAACAGCGGAACUUAACAUAGAUGAAGUAAAUGGCAUAGCUAGCGAACCAACAGACAUUUAUGCGUCAGUUGUUGAUGAUUUCUCAGGUUUAUCAACGAUAGCAGAAACCAUUGCUGAGAAGUCAUGCAUCCAAACAAUAGAUUGUGCUGAUGGACGUCUUGAUGUCGUGUUUGUCAUUGAUGCUUCUGGAAGUAUUGGUGAGGACAAUUACGUACUGGUUCUCAAUUUUGUGAAGGAUGUUGUGUCAGACAUGAACAUAGGUGAUGAUGGUAUACGAGUUGCUGCUCUGUCAUUUUCUGAUGGUGCCUCCUUGAAAUUUGAUCUAAAUGACUACAACACAAAUGAAGCAGUUAUAGCUGCCAUUAAUGAAAUAGCUUAUGAAGCUGGGUCAACAGACACCAUAGCAGGUAUAUCGACGAUGAGAGAAAUAUAUAGUUCACCAACUCGUGGAAAUCGAGAAGGCGUACAAGAUGUUGCCAUUGUCAUAACUGAUGGUGCUGCUAAAACUGGUGACCCAGUUCCACUUGCAAGUGCCGCAAAAGCCGAUGGAAUAAUAAUUUACUGCAUCGGUGUGCAAACUGCAGAGCUGAAACUAGAAGAAGUAAAUGGUAUUGCCAGUAACCCAGAUAGUAAAUAUGUAGUUAUUGUGAGCGACUUUGAUGGACUCCAGACUGUCGCAGAUGAAUUGAGCAGAUCUACAUGUAGCGAACCAACAACAACAACAUCUACAAGUACAACAACUACCACUACUACGACCACCACCCCAGCACCUACAACAACAGUACCUGAAAUAUCAUGUAGAGGGACGUCUGAUGUCGUUUUUGUGAUUGAUUCAUCUGGUAGUGUUGGAGAAGAAAACUAUAAAUUCAUUAGGGAUUUCAUCGUGAAUAUAGCAUUUACACUAGACAUCAGUUCGAAUCAGACCAGAGUGGCUGCAAUUAUAUUCCAUAAUGAGGCUGAAGUAAUAUUCCAUUUGAAUAGAUACACAAAUCGAGAAGAUGUUAUUUCUGCUCUGCGUAACCUACCUUAUAACGCAGGCUCCACAGCCACAAAAGAGGGUCUAGAAAGUCUAAUGAGUGACAUGUUCCAAGAGGCAAAUGGUGAUAGAAGUAACGUUCCAGAUAUUGCUAUAGUGGUUACCGAUGGAGCUGCAAAAACUGGAAAUCCGAUACCAGCAGCAAACGCAGCUAAAGCUGCUGGUGUUGUAAUGUUUGCUAUUGGAAUAAAAACAGCGGAACUUAACAUAGAUGAAGUAAAUGGCAUAGCUAGCGAACCAACAGACAUUUAUGCGUCAGUUGUUGACGAUUUCUCAGGUUUAUCAACGAUAGCAGAAACCAUUGCUGAGAAGUCAUGCAUCCAAACAAUAGAUUGUGCUGAUGGACGUCUUGAUGUCGUGUUUGUCAUUGAUGCUUCUGGAAGUAUUGGUGAGGACAAUUACGUACUGGUUCUCAAUUUUGUGAAGGAUGUUGUGUCAGACAUGAACAUAGGUGAUGAUGGUAUACGAGUUGCUGCUCUGUCAUUUUCUGAUGGUGCCUCCUUGAAAUUUGAUCUAAAUGACUACAACACAAAUGAAGCAGUUAUAGCUGCCAUUAAUGAAAUAGCUUAUGAAGCUGGGUCAACAGACACCAUAGCAGGUAUAUCGACGAUGAGAGAAAUAUAUAGUUCACCAAAUCGUGGAAAUCGAGAAGGCGUACAAGAUGUUGCCAUUGUCAUAACUGAUGGUGCUGCUAAAACUGGUGACCCAGUUCCACUUGCAAGUGCCGCAAAAGCCGAUGGAAUAAUAAUUUACUGCAUCGGUGUGCAAACUGCAGAGCUGAAACUAGAAGAAGUAAAUGGUAUUGCCAGUAACCCAGAUAGUAAAUAUGUAGUUAUUGUGAGCGACUUUGAUGGACUCCAGACUGUCGCAGAUGAAUUGAGCAGAUCUACAUGUAGCGAACCAACAACAACAACAUCUACAAGUACAACAACUACCACUACUACGACCACCACCCCAGCACCUACAACAACAGUACCUGAAAUAUCAUGUAGAGGGACGUCUGAUGUCGUUUUUGUGAUUGAUUCAUCUGGUAGUGUUGGAGAAGAAAACUAUAAAUUCAUUAGGGAUUUCAUCGUGAAUAUAGCAUUUACACUAGACAUCAGUUCGAAUCAGACCAGAGUGGCUGCAAUUAUAUUCCAUAAUGAGGCUGAAGUAAUAUUCCAUUUGAAUAGAUACACAAAUCGAGAAGAUGUUAUUUCUGCUCUGCGUAACCUACCUUAUAACGCAGGCUCCACAGCCACAAAAGAGGGUCUAGAAAGUCUAAUGAGUGACAUGUUCCAAGAGGCAAAUGGUGAUAGAAGUAACGUUCCAGAUAUUGCUAUAGUGGUUACCGAUGGAGCUGCAAAAACUGGAAAUCCGAUACCAGCAGCAAACGCAGCUAAAGCUGCUGGUGUUGUAAUGUUUGCUAUUGGAAUAAAAACAGCGGAACUUAACAUAGAUGAAGUAAAUGGCAUAGCUAGCGAACCAACAGACAUUUAUGCGUCAGUUGUUGACGAUUUCUCAGGUUUAUCAACGAUAGCAGAAACCAUUGCUGAGAAGUCCUGCAUCCAAACAAUAGAUUGUGCUGAUGGACGUCUUGAUGUCGUGUUUGUCAUUGAUGCUUCUGGAAGUAUUGGUGAGGACAAUUACGUACUGGUUCUCAAUUUUGUGAAGGAUGUUGUGUCAGACAUGAACAUAGGUGAUGAUGGUAUACGAGUUGCUGCUCUGUCAUUUUCUGAUGGUGCCUCCUUGAAAUUUGAUCUAAAUGACUACAACACAAAUGAAGCAGUUAUAGCUGCCAUUAAUGAAAUAGCUUAUGAAGCUGGGUCAACAGACACCAUAGCAGGUAUAUCGACGAUGAGAGAAAUAUAUAGUUCACCAACUCGUGGAAAUCGAGAAGGCGUACAAGAUGUUGCCAUUGUCAUAACUGAUGGUGCUGCUAAAACUGGUGACCCAGUUCCACUUGCAAGUGCCGCAAAAGCCGAUGGAAUAAUAAUUUACUGCAUCGGUGUGCAAACUGCAGAGCUGAAACUAGAAGAAGUAAAUGGUAUUGCCAGUAACCCAGAUAGUAAAUAUGUAGUUAUUGUGAGCGACUUUGAUGGACUCCAGACUGUCGCAGAUGAAUUGAGCAGAUCUACAUGUAGCGAACCAACAACAACAACAUCUACAAGUACAACAACUACCACUACUACGACCACCACCCCAGCACCUACAACAACAGUACCUGAAAUAUCAUGUAGAGGGACGUCUGAUGUCGUUUUUGUGAUUGAUUCAUCUGGUAGUGUUGGAGAAGAAAACUAUAAAUUCAUUAGGGAUUUCAUCGUGAAUAUAGCAUUUACACUAGACAUCAGUUCGAAUCAGACCAGAGUGGCUGCAAUUAUAUUCCAUAAUGAGGCUGAAGUAAUAUUCCAUUUGAAUAGAUACACAAAUCGAGAAGAUGUUAUUUCUGCUCUGCGUAACCUACCUUAUAACGCAGGCUCCACAGCCACAAAAGAGGGUCUAGAAAGUCUAAUGAAUGACAUGUUCCAAGAGGCAAAUGGUGAUAGAAGUAACGUUCCAGAUAUUGCUAUAGUGGUUACCGAUGGAGCUGCAAAAACUGGAAAUCCGAUACCAGCAGCAAACGCAGCUAAAGCUGCUGGUGUUGUAAUGUUUGCUAUUGGAAUAAAAACAGCGGAACUUAACAUAGAUGAAGUAAAUGGCAUAGCUAGCGAACCAACAGACAUUUAUGCGUCAGUUGUUGACGAUUUCUCAGGUUUAUCAACGAUAGCAGAAACCAUUGCUGAGAAGUCAUGCAUCCAAACAAUAGAUUGUGCUGAUGGACGUCUUGAUGUCGUGUUUGUCAUUGAUGCUUCUGGAAGUAUUGGUGAGGACAAUUACGUACUGGUUCUCAAUUUUGUGAAGGAUGUUGUGUCAGACAUGAACAUAGGUGAUGAUGGUAUACGAGUUGCUGCUCUGUCAUUUUCUGAUGGUGCCUCCUUGAAAUUUGAUCUAAAUGACUACAACACAAAUGAAGCAGUUAUAGCUGCCAUUAAUGAAAUAGCUUAUGAAGCUGGGUCAACAGACACCAUAGCAGGUAUAUCGACGAUGAGAGAAAUAUAUAGUUCACCAACUCGUGGAAAUCGAGAAGGCGUACAAGAUGUUGCCAUUGUCAUAACUGAUGGUGCUGCUAAAACUGGUGACCCAGUUCCACUUGCAAGUGCCGCAAAAGCCGAUGGAAUAAUAAUUUACUGCAUCGGUGUGCAAACUGCAGAGCUGAAACUAGAAGAAGUAAAUGGUAUUGCCAGUAACCCAGAUAGUAAAUAUGUAGUUAUUGUGAGCGACUUUGAUGGACUCCAGACUGUCGCAGAUGAAUUGAGCAGAUCUACAUGUAGCGAACCAACAACAACAACAUCUACAAGUACAACAACUACCACUACUACGACCACCACCCCAGCACCUACAACAACAGUACCUGAAAUAUCAUGUAGAGGGACGUCUGAUGUCGUUUUUGUGAUUGAUUCAUCUGGUAGUGUUGGAGAAGAAAACUAUAAAUUCAUUAGGGAUUUCAUCGUGAAUAUAGCAUUUACACUAGACAUCAGUUCGAAUCAGACCAGAGUGGCUGCAAUUAUAUUCCAUAAUGAGGCUGAAGUAAUAUUCCAUUUGAAUAGAUACACAAAUCGAGAAGAUGUUAUUUCUGCUCUGCGUAACCUACCUUAUAACGCAGGCUCCACAGCCACAAAAGAGGGUCUAGAAAGUCUAAUGAGUGACAUGUUCCAAGAGGCAAAUGGUGAUAGAAGUAACGUUCCAGAUAUUGCUAUAGUGGUUACCGAUGGAGCUGCAAAAACUGGAAAUCCGAUACCAGCAGCAAACGCAGCUAAAGCUGCUGGUGUUGUAAUGUUUGCUAUUGGAAUAAAGACAGCGGAACUUAACAUAGAUGAAGUAAAUGGCAUAGCUAGCGAACCAACAGACAUUUAUGCGUCAGUUGUUGACGAUUUCUCAGGUUUAUCAACGAUAGCAGAAACCAUUGCUGAGAAGUCAUGCAUCCAAACAAUAGAUUGUGCUGAUGGACGUCUUGAUGUCGUGUUUGUCAUUGAUGCUUCUGGAAGUAUUGGUGAGGACAAUUACGUACUGGUUCUCAAUUUUGUGAAGGAUGUUGUGUCAGACAUGAACAUAGGUGAUGAUGGUAUACGAGUUGCUGCUCUGUCAUUUUCUGAUGGUGCCUCCUUGAAAUUUGAUCUAAAUGACUACAACACAAAUGAAGCAGUUAUAGCUGCCAUUAAUGAAAUAGCUUAUGAAGCUGGGUCAACAGACACCAUAGCAGGUAUAUCGACGAUGAGAGAAAUAUAUAGUUCACCAACUCAUGGAAAUCGAGAAGGCGUACAAGAUGUUGCCAUUGUCAUAACAGAUGGUGCUGCUAAAACUGGUGACCCAGUUCCACUUGCAAGUGCCGCAAAAGCCGAUGGAAUAAUAAUUUACUGCAUCGGUGUGCAAACUGCAGAGCUGAAACUAGAAGAAGUAAAUGGUAUUGCCAGUAACCCAGAUAGUAAAUAUGUAGUUAUUGUGAGCGACUUUGAUGGACUCCAGACUGUCGCAGAUGAAUUGAGCAGAUCUACAUGUAGCGAACCAACAACAACAACAUCUACAAGUACAACAACUACCACUACUACGACCACCACCCCAGCACCUACAACAACAGUACCUGAAAUAUCAUGUAGAGGGACGUCUGAUGUCGUUUUUGUGAUUGAUUCAUCUGGUAGUGUUGGAGAAGAAAACUAUAAAUUCAUUAGGGAUUUCAUCGUGAAUAUAGCAUUUACACUAGACAUCAGUUCGAAUCAGACCAGAGUGGCUGCAAUUAUAUUCCAUAAUGAGGCUGAAGUAAUAUUCCAUUUGAAUAGAUACACAAAUCGAGAAGAUGUUAUUUCUGCUCUGCGUAACCUACCUUAUAACGCAGGCUCCACAGCCACAAAAGAGGGUCUAGAAAGUCUAAUGAGUGACAUGUUCCAAGAGGCAAAUGGUGAUAGAAGUAACGUUCCAGAUAUUGCUAUAGUGGUUACCGAUGGAGCUGCAAAAACUGGAAAUCCGAUACCAGCAGCAAACGCAGCUAAAGCUGCUGGUGUUGUAAUGUUUGCUAUUGGAAUAAAAACAGCGGAACUUAACAUAGAUGAAGUAAAUGGCAUAGCUAGCGAACCAACAGACAUUUAUGCGUCAGUUGUUGACGAUUUCUCAGGUUUAUCAACGAUAGCAGAAACCAUUGCUGAGAAGUCCUGCAUCCAAACAAUAGAUUGUGCUGAUGGACGUCUUGAUGUCGUGUUUGUCAUUGAUGCUUCUGGAAGUAUUGGUGAGGACAAUUACGUACUGGUUCUCAAUUUUGUGAAGGAUGUUGUGUCAGACAUGAACAUAGGUGAUGAUGGUAUACGAGUUGCUGCUCUGUCAUUUUCUGAUGGUGCCUCCUUGAAAUUUGAUCUAAAUGACUACAACACAAAUGAAGCAGUUAUAGCUGCCAUUAAUGAAAUAGCUUAUGAAGCUGGGUCAACAGACACCAUAGCAGGUAUAUCGACGAUGAGAGAAAUAUAUAGUUCACCAACUCGUGGAAAUCGAGAAGGCGUACAAGAUGUUGCCAUUGUCAUAACUGAUGGUGCUGCUAAAACUGGUGACCCAGUUCCACUUGCAAGUGCCGCAAAAGCCGAUGGAAUAAUAAUUUACUGCAUCGGUGUGCAAACUGCAGAGCUGAAACUAGAAGAAGUAAAUGGUAUUGCCAGUAACCCAGAUAGUAAAUAUGUAGUUAUUGUGAGCGACUUUGAUGGACUCCAGACUGUCGCAGAUGAAUUGAGCAGAUCUACAUGUAGCGAACCAACAACAACAACAUCUACAAGUACAACAACUACCACUACUACGACCACCACCCCAGCACCUACAACAACAGUACCUGAAAUAUCAUGUAGAGGGACGUCUGAUGUCGUUUUUGUGAUUGAUUCAUCUGGUAGUGUUGGAGAAGAAAACUAUAAAUUCAUUAGGGAUUUCAUCGUGAAUAUAGCAUUUACACUAGACAUCAGUUCGAAUCAGACCAGAGUGGCUGCAAUUAUAUUCCAUAAUGAGGCUGAAGUAAUAUUCCAUUUGAAUAGAUACACAAAUCGAGAAGAUGUUAUUUCUGCUCUGCGUAACCUACCUUAUAACGCAGGCUCCACAGCCACAAAAGAGGGUCUAGAAAGUCUAAUGAGUGACAUGUUCCAAGAGGCAAAUGGUGAUAGAAGUAACGUUCCAGAUAUUGCUAUAGUGGUUACCGAUGGAGCUGCAAAAACUGGAAAUCCGAUACCAGCAGCAAACACAGCUAAAGCUGCUGGUGUUGUAAUGUUUGCUAUUGGAAUAAAAACAGCGGAACUUAACAUAGAUGAAGUAAAUGGCAUAGCUAGCGAACCAACAGACAUUUAUGCGUCAGUUGUUGACGAUUUCUCAGGUUUAUCAACGAUAGCAGAAACCAUUGCUGAGAAGUCAUGCAUCCAAACAAUAGAUUGUGCUGAUGGACGUCUUGAUGUCGUGUUUGUCAUUGAUGCUUCUGGAAGUAUUGGUGAGGACAAUUACGUACUGGUUCUCAAUUUUGUGAAGGAUGUUGUGUCAGACAUGAACAUAGGUGAUGAUGGUAUACGAGUUGCUGCUCUGUCAUUUUCUGAUGGUGCCUCCUUGAAAUUUGAUCUAAAUGACUACAACACAAAUGAAGCAGUUAUAGCUGCCAUUAAUGAAAUAGCUUAUGAAGCUGGGUCAACAGACACCAUAGCAGGUAUAUCGACGAUGAGAGAAAUAUAUAGUUCACCAACUCGUGGAAAUCGAGAAGGCGUACAAGAUGUUGCCAUUGUCAUAACUGAUGGUGCUGCUAAAACUGGUGACCCAGUUCCACUUGCAAGUGCCGCAAAAGCCGAUGGAAUAAUAAUUUACUGCAUCGGUGUGCAAACUGCAGAGCUGAAACUAGAAGAAGUAAAUGGUAUUGCCAGUAACCCAGAUAGUAAAUAUGUAGUUAUUGUGAGCGACUUUGAUGGACUCCAGACUGUCGCAGAUGAAUUGAGCAGAUCUACAUGUAGCGAACCAACAACAACAACAUCUACAAGUACAACAACUACCACUACUACGACCACCACCCCAGCACCUACAACAACAGUGCCUGAAAUAUCAUGUAGAGGGACGUCUGAUGUCGUUUUUGUGAUUGAUUCAUCUGGUAGUGUUGGAGAAGAAAACUAUAAAUUCAUUAGGGAUUUCAUCGUGAAUAUAGCAUUUACACUAGACAUCAGUUCGAAUCAGACCAGAGUGGCUGCAAUUAUAUUCCAUAAUGAGGCUGAAGUAAUAUUCCAUUUGAAUAGAUACACAAAUCGAGAAGAUGUUAUUUCUGCUCUGCGUAACCUACCUUAUAACGCAGGCUCCACAGCCACAAAAGAGGGUCUAGAAAGUCUAAUGAGUGACAUGUUCCAAGAGGCAAAUGGUGAUAGAAGUAACGUUCCAGAUAUUGCUAUAGUGGUUACCGAUGGAGCUGCAAAAACUGGAAAUCCGAUACCAGCAGCAAACGCAGCUAAAGCUGCUGGUGUUGUAAUGUUUGCUAUUGGAAUAAAAACAGCGGAACUUAACAUAGAUGAAGUAAAUGGCAUAGCUAGCGAACCAACAGACAUUUAUGCGUCAGUUGUUGACGAUUUCUCAGGUUUAUCAACGAUAGCAGAAACCAUUGCUGAGAAGUCCUGCAUCCAAACAAUAGAUUGUGCUGAUGGACGUCUUGAUGUCGUGUUUGUCAUUGAUGCUUCUGGAAGUAUUGGUGAGGACAAUUACGUACUGGUUCUCAAUUUUGUGAAGGAUGUUGUGUCAGACAUGAACAUAGGUGAUGAUGGUAUACAAGUUGCUGCUCUGUCAUUUUCUGAUGGUGCCUCCUUGAAAUUUGAUCUAAAUGACUACAACACAAAUGAAGCAGUUAUAGCUGCCAUUAAUGAAAUAGCUUAUGAAGCUGGGUCAACAGACACCAUAGCAGGUAUAUCGACGAUGAGAGAAAUAUAUAGUUCACCAACUCGUGGAAAUCGAGAAGGCGUACAAGAUGUUGCCAUUGUCAUAACUGAUGGUGCUGCUAAAACUGGUGACCCAGUUCCACUUGCAAGUGCCGCAAAAGCCGAUGGAAUAAUAAUUUACUGCAUCGGUGUGCAAACUGCAGAGCUGAAACUAGAAGAAGUAAAUGGUAUUGCCAGUAACCCAGAUAGUAAAUAUGUAGUUAUUGUGAGCGACUUUGAUGGACUCCAGACUGUCGCAGAUGAAUUGAGCAGAUCUACAUGUAGCGAACCAACAACAACAACAUCUACAAGUACAACAACUACCACUACUACGACCACCACCCCAGCACCUACAACAACAGUACCUGAAAUAUCAUGUAGAGGGACGUCUGAUGUCGUUUUUGUGAUUGAUUCAUCUGGUAGUGUUGGAGAAGAAAACUAUAAAUUCAUUAGGGAUUUCAUCGUGAAUAUAGCAUUUACACUAGACAUCAGUUCGAAUCAGACCAGAGUGGCUGCAAUUAUAUUCCAUAAUGAGGCUGAAGUAAUAUUCCAUUUGAAUAGAUACACAAAUCGAGAAGAUGUUAUUUCUGCUCUGCGUAACCUACCUUAUAACGCAGGCUCCACAGCCACAAAAGAGGGUCUAGAAAGUCUAAUGAGUGACAUGUUCCAAGAGGCAAAUGGUGAUAGAAGUAACGUUCCAGAUAUUGCUAUAGUGGUUACCGAUGGAGCUGCAAAAACUGGAAAUCCGAUACCAGCAGCAAACGCAGCUAAAGCUGCUGGUGUUGUAAUGUUUGCUAUUGGAAUAAAAACAGCGGAACUUAACAUAGAUGAAGUAAAUGGCAUAGCUAGCGAACCAACAGACAUUUAUGCGUCAGUUGUUGACGAUUUCUCAGGUUUAUCAACGAUAGCAGAAACCAUUGCUGAGAAGUCAUGCAUCCAAACAAUAGAUUGUGCUGAUGGACGUCUUGAUGUCGUGUUUGUCAUUGAUGCUUCUGGAAGUAUUGGUGAGGACAAUUACGUACUGGUUCUCAAUUUUGUGAAGGAUGUUGUGUCAGACAUGAACAUAGGUGAUGAUGGUAUACGAGUUGCUGCUCUGUCAUUUUCUGAUGGUGCCUCCUUGAAAUUUGAUCUAAAUGACUACAACACAAAUGAAGCAGUUAUAGCUGCCAUUAAUGAAAUAGCUUAUGAAGCUGGGUCAACAGACACCAUAGCAGGUAUAUCGACGAUGAGAGAAAUAUAUAGUUCACCAACUCGUGGAAAUCGAGAAGGCGUACAAGAUGUUGCCAUUGUCAUAACUGAUGGUGCUGCUAAAACUGGUGACCCAGUUCCACUUGCAAGUGCCGCAAAAGCCGAUGGAAUAAUAAUUUACUGCAUCGGUGUGCAAACUGCAGAGCUGAAACUAGAAGAAGUAAAUGGUAUUGCCAGUAACCCAGAUAGUAAAUAUGUAGUUAUUGUGAGCGACUUUGAUGGACUCCAGACUGUCGCAGAUGAAUUGAGCAGAUCUACAUGUAGCGAACCAACAACAACAACAUCUACAAGUACAACAACUACCACUACUACGACCACCACCCCAGCACCUACAACAACAGUACCUGAAAUAUCAUGUAGAGGGACGUCUGAUGUCGUUUUUGUGAUUGAUUCAUCUGGUAGUGUUGGAGAAGAAAACUAUAAAUUCAUUAGGGAUUUCAUCGUGAAUAUAGCAUUUACACUAGACAUCAGUUCGAAUCAGACCAGAGUGGCUGCAAUUAUAUUCCAUAAUGAGGCUGAAGUAAUAUUCCAUUUGAAUAGAUACACAAAUCGAGAAGAUGUUAUUUCUGCUCUGCGUAACCUACCUUAUAACGCAGGCUCCACAGCCACAAAAGAGGGUCUAGAAAGUCUAAUGAGUGACAUGUUCCAAGAGGCAAAUGGUGAUAGAAGUAACGUUCCAGAUAUUGCUAUAGUGGUUACCGAUGGAGCUGCAAAAACUGGAAAUCCGAUACCAGCAGCAAACGCAGCUAAAGCUGCUGGUGUUGUAAUGUUUGCUAUUGGAAUAAAAACAGCGGAACUUAACAUAGAUGAAGUAAAUGGCAUAGCUAGCGAACCAACAGACAUUUAUGCGUCAGUUGUUGACGAUUUCUCAGGUUUAUCAACGAUAGCAGAAACCAUUGCUGAGAAGUCCUGCAUCCAAACAAUAGAUUGUGCUGAUGGACGUCUUGAUGUCGUGUUUGUCAUUGAUGCUUCUGGAAGUAUUGGUGAGGACAAUUACGUACUGGUUCUCAAUUUUGUGAAGGAUGUUGUGUCAGACAUGAACAUAGGUGAUGAUGGUAUACGAGUUGCUGCUCUGUCAUUUUCUGAUGGUGCCUCCUUGAAAUUUGAUCUAAAUGACUACAACACAAAUGAAGCAGUUAUAGCUGCCAUUAAUGAAAUAGCUUAUGAAGCUGGGUCAACAGACACCAUAGCAGGUAUAUCGACGAUGAGAGAAAUAUAUAGUUCACCAACUCGUGGAAAUCGAGAAGGCGUACAAGAUGUUGCCAUUGUCAUAACUGAUGGUGCUGCUAAAACUGGUGACCCAGUUCCACUUGCAAGUGCCGCAAAAGCCGAUGGAAUAAUAAUUUACUGCAUCGGUGUGCAAACUGCAGAGCUGAAACUAGAAGAAGUAAAUGGUAUUGCCAGUAACCCAGAUAGUAAAUAUGUAGUUAUUGUGAGCGACUUUGAUGGACUCCAGACUGUCGCAGAUGAAUUGAGCAGAUCUACAUGUAGCGAACCAACAACUACUGACAAGCCAACACCCAAUGCAAACUCAGCUACAUGUGAGUGA